ACAACUCCGCGGUAGCGGUUUGGUGUCCUUCCUCUCCGUGUGAUCAAAUAGUCCUUCGUAAACAAAGAAAGACGAAAUGCGUCGUUAUUUAGGUUUGCAGUACACGAUACCAAAAUAUUUGGCGAGGACACUCGCGACUUCGCAGACGACGUCUAGAUAAUCCAACACAGUGGACCGGAGUAAUUCCUCGAGUUAUGGAGCUUUAACUCUGCACAACCGCGCGACCUCACAAUUGCUGUGCUUUGCAUCGCAACGCACUUCUGCCAAACGGAAUCUUCUUGCAAGAAUGGAGUCUAAUAAUGUUGCCCCAACUCUGUCCUUCAUGGUUCAUCUUGAACAUUCUCACACGUUACAUACGUUUGACCUUCUGAAUCGAAACAGAAGAAAUGAUGGCGACAUCGAUUCCUCUCUGGAAGACUCCCCUCGACUGCCCGGUAGACCCCCUCGUUCUCUCUCCCCUACAGGCUAGCCGUAGCCAAUCACAGGAAGGAAGGGGGGAGGAGUCAGACAAGAGUCAGCACUUAAUUGGUGAUGAUCUCACUGACUGGAUGACGGAAAAAGUUGAUUUCUCCUCUUACCUCCCCACCUCUCACUCCUCUCCCAGUGCAUCCCUUCCCCCUUCACCUCCUCAACAUGACGUCCAGGUGCCCUCUGACUUGGAGGUGAUGACCUCUUUAUUACAAGAAGAGCUUGCACAACUGGAGGAUUACUUCCUGUCCGAUGCAACCCCAAAGAAAGUGGAGAAAUUGGAGAGAUGUGACCGAGUCACCCCAGAAACGGGUACCCAGUCUUACUACCCGUUGCCCUACGCUUCGUACAGCUCUAGCCAAUCAGAAUCUGGUCCACUUCUUGUUACCCUGGCAACUGGGGAGCUCGACCUACUGAGCUUUUGUGGAGGCCCCAUUGGCCGAUGCAAGACACCUAGACCCGCCCCUUACAAUUGCACUCGCCCCAAUAGCAAUAAUCGUAGAAGAGUUUCUGAUGGCGCAAGGGUGGCAGAUGGAUUGGAAAGUAAUAAUAUUUGGAGUUCCAAAGAAAAUAACUCAGGUAGCCCAGAGCAGGCUGUUAACUACUUUGGUGUUGAGAAUGAAAAGGUUUUCGGAAAAGGGUACUGUGUUGGGAGUGAAGUCAAGACUGGAGACUGUAUGGUAACUUUGAAAGAGGAAGAUGCUUACUGUUUCAACGGGGAUGUUGCUAGUGAAGAGAAAAUGAUAGGAGGAUAUUGUCUUGGUGGGUCCCUAGACAUACCUUGCAAGAGAGAGAACCAAUUGGUUUGUAGUUUGAGUGAAGUUUGUGGCAGUCAUGGUAGCACAGAUUUAAAAACAUCACAGGGUGACCAAGAUGGUGAUGGGACUGAAAUUGCUGGUAGGGGGAUGGAGCCAGACCAGAGUUGUUUUCUUCAGGCCACCAGCCCUGUAGAGUCCUUCCAUGGCUUCCUGGGUCCCGCAGGGGGUCAGAUAAGAGCUGGUGUUCAUGAGCCAGGGUGCCGGCCUGGAGACUUCUCCGAUUUCCUUGGGGACACCAGCCCAGAGUGCCUGCCAGGUGAAGGUGGGAGGGAGCUGAAGCAAGGUUUAGCUGGCCACAGGUCAGCUCCAACCCUGGAAGGAGAGCUUUGCACUGUCAAACUGGAAAUGGAUACCCCCGUGGAUGCUAGUCACAGAGAGCGGAAACAGAAGAAACGCGACCAGAACAAAACUGCGGCUCACAGGUACCGCCAGCGCAAGAGGGCGGAGCUGGACUCCCUGGAGGAGGAGCUACAUGGGCUGGAGGGGCGGAACAGGGAGCUGCGAGACAAGGCAGAGUCUGUGGAACGGGAGAUCCAGUACGUCAAAGAUCUACUCAUUGAGGUGUACAAAGCUCGCAGUCAGCGUUUAAAACAAGAAACCACCACCUGAUGUAAAGCCCCUUUCUGCCAGCACCAAUACCCAGCCACACAGGAGGCCACGUGCUUAAAUUAAUCAAUUGGGUGAUGAUGGCAGGCUGUUAACUAUUUUGUUGAAGUUACUGUUACACAUUUUAAAAGCCUGCAUUUUUCAGCACUUCAUAGAUUGUGUUGAUUGUUACAGAAAGGAAAAGUUGAUGUCCCUCAGCACUGUGAAAAGAAAAUCAACUUUUGUAAAUGUCCUCUACUCUGGUGACAAUCGUGACAAUAUAGCGAUAAAAAGUUGUUCCUCCAGCACUUGAAAGAAAUUAAAUUUUGUGACACCUAAGCUUCAGAGCAGACAGUAAUAGGCUUUAUUUAUUUAUUUAUUUAUUUAUUUAUUUAUUUAUUUAUUUAUUUUAGUUUGACAAUCCUGUUUCAUCAAUGGUCUUUUGUUUGCCUUGCGAAGUUGGUUUUUUCAUUCUACAGACUGAAUCUCUUUAGAUGCUUCAUUUGGGUGUUCUACAACUAACUUGCCAUGCCAUCAGUCUCUCCAGUGCUUGAAAUUAUAUUUAAUAUAUGAAUACAGGAAAUGCAGUCACCAUACAGGAAUGUGUGUAUUGUAUUCAGGAAGUGUUCAUGUGCUGGCAUUUUCUUUGUUGAUUAUUACUUCCCUUUAAAGGGAAGUUAUGUUUUUAACGUAAUCAUUCAUCCUUUCCCCUUGUUCUGCUGCAAAAACAGACAAAAGCAUGGCUUAAACCCUAGAAGCAUGUGUAUUUUAAAUCAGUAAGAAUGUGUGUGAACCACUUAGACUUAGUGCAUGGAUUAUUAGCAUGACUUUAGCUGACAUUUUUUUUUAUUUUUAUUUUAUAUCCUCGCCUCCUAAGUGAUACUGUUGGUUUGUGUAAGGAGAAAUGAUUGCUUCAGUCUAUUUAUUCUCCUAGAGAUGGUCUUGUCCCACAGUUAGCUGCUUUUAUUCUGCUUUAUCCACCUGCUGUAUUUGCGAAAAACAAUCACUUCACUAUUUUCGUAGCUGUGGUGUCUGUAGGGCAUUUUUUGUUACAAAGAUUUUUAUAUUGUUAAUUUAUUCAUUAGAGUGUUUGACAGCUUGUGAUAUUCUGCCAAUGAAUCUAUGUGUCUGCAAUGUACUGUUCUUAAAUUUGUCAAUGUUAAUGUUUUGGAUUAGAAGUACAAUGUCUUAUUCCCAAGACUGAUUUAACUGAUGCAAAUAAAUCAAAUUUAAUUUUAACUCUCAUCAUAUUCCUUCCUAUAGUUAUAAAUAUGAACUUUUUAUUUUGAAAAUUAGUUUCAGAAGUAAAUUCUUAAACUGGUAAAAUGUAGAUGGGGGGGGGGGGGGGGAAACUU